ACGCGUGAAAGUAUGAAAUAAUAUUUUGGUGUGACAGAGAAUGGGAGUUAGUGUGGGUAGUUAAGAGCGAGUCAUCUUCACAACAGAGACACACUCAACAAACAACAGCAACGUAUGGGUUGGGCCAUAGCUCUACACGGUGGCGCCGGCGACAUCCCUCUCUCGCUAGCACCGGAGCGCCGUCAGCCACGAGAGGAAGCCCUCCGCCACUGCCUCCAAAUCGGCGUCGAAGCUCUCAAAGCCAAACUGCCUCCUCUCGAUGUGGUUGAGCGCGUCGUUCGGGAGUUGGAGAACAUUCCUCAGUUCAACGCGGGGAAGGGAUCUGUGCUCACUUCCAAAGGCACCGUCGAAAUGGAAGCUUCAAUCAUGGACGGCACCACUAUGAAUUGCGGAGCCGUUUCCGGCCUCACUACGGUUGUCAACGCCGUCUCUCUCGCUCGAUUGGUCAUGGAGAAGACGCCUCACAUUUAUCUCGCUUUCGAUGGAGCAGAGGAAUUUGCAAGACAACAAGGAGUUGAGACUCUCCAUUCAAGCCAUUUUAUCACCGCAGAAAACAUUGAAAGGCUAAAGCAGGCAAUAGAAGCCAAUAGGGUCCAGAUUGACUACACCCAACCUAUCCAAAACGAUACCAAGAAAGAAACAGCAAUUGCUAAUGGUGAUAGUCAAAUUGGAACUGUUGGGUGUGUGGCUGUUGAUGGUAAUGGAAAUUUAGCUUCUGCAACAUCUACUGGUGGACUAGUGAACAAAAUGGUUGGCCGAAUUGGUGACACGCCGGUCAUAGGUGCUGGGACCUAUGCUGAUACACGUUGUGCAGUUUCGGCAACAGGCAAAGGUGAAGCAAUAAUACGAGGAACUGUGGCAAGAGAUGUCGCUGCUCUGAUGGAGUUUAAGGGUCUUUCUCUCGAGGAAGCUGCGACUUGUGUUGUGCAUGAACGCACGCCAAAAGGCACUGUUGGUUUGGUUGCUGUGUCUGCCAAAGGAGAAGUUGCAAUGCCUUUUAAUACAACAGGCAUGUUCAGAGCUUGUGCUACUGAAGAUGGGUAUUCUGAGAUUUCAAUUUGGCCUGCUGCCAAAUUUGAGUGAUCUUUUUCUGAUUCCCAAGCUUAAUGUAUUCUGACAUUUGAUGAUGCUUCAUGCGCUUAUGUCAAAGGAAAAUCUAUAUGCUUUUCAAGGUACAGAUUGCCAUUAUCGAUGA